AGUGACGACUCUACCCUGCGGGCGCGCUGGGGUUUUGGUGGGGCGCCGCAGCGCAGCGGCGUGUUGUAAGAGCGGGCCGAAGUUCGGCGCCAUCGCUCUAAUUGCGCCCAGGUGCGUAGCGUCUAGGCUCACCCAGGACCGGCCCAGCCGUGGCGCGUGUAACCGAUGCCGAGGCGCCAGCGUUUUCGGCGGCGCGGCCCCAAGGGGCGCGGUAUCCGGUCGCAUCGGUUGACGUCCCG